AUGAAGAGGUUUCUUGAGGUUGUCAUUGUAUUGUAAGUACCAUUUCUUUUUAGUAACGUAACCUCCAGGGUAUUAGAGUAAUCGUAUUCACUGAUUGAAAGGUAAGUCUGCCCACAAUCUAGCCUUCGAAAGAUACACGUAAGAAUUAGCUUCUUUCCUUAGUGCGCGUCAGUACAUGAAAGCGAUUACUAAAUCAGUGUCUUUUGCUUCCCAUCACAGAACAUACUUGUUUAGUGCAGUAGUCACAGAAGAUCCCCCAGGUAAGUUUGAUAUUUCAUCACUUUCGUUCGUGGUGGCUCGUCAAGUAAGCACCUUCCCUAAAGAUUCUCUCUGCUUAGGUUUUCGUGCCAGAAUAUAUAAAUGCUUUUAUGAUCACACUAUAAAAAUACAGCGAUGUUGAGCAAUCAAGAGGUUUUUUUUACAGGAUUCAGCGUCAGGGAAAGAUCAGCUUUGUAGUGAGCAUGAUUCGAAGGAAUCAGAGAAAUUAUCUCACUAAGAAAACAUUUUAAGUCAACGGGUGACCCCUCUCUUUCAAAACAUCAGAGAGCAUGUCAUGCUUCGCAAAUGACAAAAUUAGGUAUCAAAUGACUUUUCGCGAAGAAAUUAUCAACCUAAUAAUAUUGUUUUUUUCGGUAUAACGUAUUAGAUAUCCAUUGUUCAAAUGGUGCGAGUUCCAUUUACUGAUUUCUUCAGCCAAUGUGCUGCACGAGAAGAGUAAUUACACUCAGUCGACAGGAUAUUUCAUUCUUCAGAAGUUUUCAUCGAAACUCAAUGUUUACUCUGGACCACGCACUAUGCAUAUAAAGUAGGAGUUUGGCCAAACAUUCGUCCUUUUUGUGGAAGGUUGGUGGGGAGGGAUGGUGAGCGAGCAAGUUUUUAGCUAGACCUGAUCUGGAAAGACAGCUUGGUUCAUGUAAUCGGGGAUCAAAAGAACAGAUGAGAGAAGUACACAAGAAAGAACGAACAUGUAGCCUUCCAGGAGGCUCUCAGUCAUAGGGACGUGCGAAGGUACAAGCUAGAGGCAAAGGGCGCUCGCCGUUUAACGAGCACUCGCCCUUCUGCUCGUUCACACUCUCUGAUAGUCUUGCACAGCUUAGCAAACAAGAGAAAAUGCUUCAAAAUAUGUUAUAGAAGGACUAAUAAUUCCUCUCACCAGACGCGGGCGAGUUGGCCACAUCUAAAUAUCAAGCAUUUGAGUGGUGCCUUGUUCAAAACUAAGUCGAUUUCUUCGAUAGACAGAUCUUGCUGUAACUAAUUAAACUGAAACCAACGGACUGAUUUGAAAAACAACCUUUUGAUUGCUGAGCUAUUGGUCCGACGAUCGAAGACAGUGGAAAUCCAAGUUUUUGUUGACGGAGUUCGAUUAUCGAAUUCAGUCGAAUCAAUCUUACCUAGUCGCUUCGUACUUGAUAAGUUCACUCAGAUGAUGUUGCGUAAAAGAACUCGAAGAAUAAGAAGGAUUAAUACGCGUUUUGUUAUGUUUCAAGACCAAGCAUAACUUGGUAACUUGGUGAAACCGAUUUUAAACGCUGGCUUAGUCUCUGUUAAUACAAUAUUGGAGCCCAAUCGACCUUUAGGAGUUCAGGGGUUGCGUUGUAACGACAGAGGGUUCGAUUACCGUAGGUUCGAUUGCAUUUAAUUGGUUAGGUGUUUUGGUACGUUCAAUUGUUUCCGACUGUCAAACCUAGUCGAAUUUAAAGAGACAAUUUAACUGAGUUCCAAUCAAAUUCGAGUACCGAACAAUGGAACGACGAAACAAACGAAUGACAAACCACAAACGGAUACAGUGUUAGGCUUAGAGAAAGCACAACUAGGCAACUUCAGUCUGGAAUUCCAUCUUUUAAUAUGUCAGAGAUUUACCUUAAAUAUGUUCUUUUUAGUUUUGAACCAAGUAUUCUCUAGUGUUAUUCUUGUAGUUGUGCGCCAUUCUCACUAAAUACCUGUUCUAUCUUUAGGAAAAUGUCAACGUCGGAUUUAUCAAAUCACAGGGCAUUCUGGUGUUAUUAAGUCCCCUGGUUACCCGAAGAGCUACAAUCCUCUUCAAACCUGCAUAUGGCGUAUUAUUGUAAAGAAGGGCUACAGGAUCCAUCUUUAUUUUGAUCCACAUUUUGAUGUAACCAGGACAAAAGCAUGCCGGGAAGAGUAUGUAAUGGUCAGCACUCGACGCCAGAGAUUUACCUACUUCAACGUUGUUAGGACUAGUAAGGACUCCGUGGUGUUUUGUGGAGACCAGAAACCAAGCAACGUCACAUCCCCUGGAAAUGAAAUGUGGGUACGCUUUAAGUCAAGAUAUGGUGGCCGAAGAGGUUUCAAAGCUUGGUUUGGAGCAGAAGGUAAGCUAAUUAGUCGACCUUUGUCUAAUUCUUUUUCCGCUUUUGUUCGUUUUUGCGCGGCAAUAAGCUCUUAGAGAAUAACAGCGGCGCUAAAAAAAGACAAGGAAGGGAGUAAGGAGGGGAAGGGUGUGAGGAGGGGCUUAUUAGUCUGUAGAGCCUCCAUACGAUAGGAUUUUGAAAGAGGAGAAUUUAUGUACAGCAGCACAUUAUACAGUGGUAUAUGGUGUAGCACUGUAUGCUGGUAAGGUAUUUUUUGAAUCGCCGUCUAGAUUUAAUGGAUACCUUGAACAAAAUGCAUUUCUUUGCUCACAUUGAAACCUGUAUUUUGCACUGUUAAGCAACUUAUCCCCACAAAGAAAGAACAAGAAGACCAUUGUUCUUAUGUUUUGAUUAAGGGGGGGGGGGAGGAUUGGAGGGAUGGUGAAAUUGGGCUUAUUAGAAAGGGUGGCUCCUAAAAGAAACGAAAAGUUGUGGACUGGGGCUUUUGAGAAAAAAAAGGGGGGGGUAGAACAGGGACGGGGGCGAAAUGAAAAAGCCGACUUUAUUAGUGAAUGAAAAUAAAGGAAUCGACAAUUUCCGAAUAAAUCGUACAGUACGUUGACGCUGAGGCUCAAGAUUGAAAUAUGCGUGGAUUCAUGAUUACAAAAACAAUGAUUGUGUAAUUUUCAAUUUACAAAAUUCUAUCGUUCAUUGACUUUGUCUUUACCGACAGAAUAAUCUUUCAGGUAAACGGCCAAAUCGGCCCGUGGCAAAUCUUCCAGUUGUCGAUUUUCGUUCUUAGCCGCGAGAAAUGCUAUUACCAAAGCCGCUGAAUACGUAACUUUCACUUUUCCUUUUCGUAUAUUGGUUUUCCUCCCCUUCUAGGAAAGUUUGAACGUCUCGAUCUGUAAGCGAUACGGAUUUUUUAGUGUUCCAGCAGCCAUAAUCCGAGAAAAUUCCGACAAACUACCUUGGACUGAGAAUGGGGAAGGCUUUGCUGUUCAUUCAUCAACCUGACCGAGUGGCGCAAAAGGCGAGUGACGUGUCUGAUUGCCUGAUUGGCGAUAUCAACACACGUGAAAAAAUAUCGUAUUUUUCACGUGUGUUGUUACGGUUUUUCUAGGGCUGGAAAUCCUUGUAUAACACCGUAGUUUAUAUGAUAAAAUGUCGUAAGAUAUGUGGUGUUUAAUCGGAACUCCUUAUUUAGUGAGCAAAACUUCUUGAGUAAGUAAGGGGAUAUUCGGGACCAAUUCAAUUCGAAAAAGCAAACGUUACUUGGAAGCUUAUCGUCUUUAUCGUGUUUUUAGACGGCUUUAAGUGCAGUACAGCUGUAAGCAUAUGAUUAGUCGGGCGACCGACUAUAGGUUUACCCUCGGGAUUCUCCACAAAGCUCAGUCACGUGCAAUGGGGAAUACCGCAGACACGUAAUAGAGGCGCAACUUUCUUUCAGCCAUGUUGAACAUGGCGGAUUUGUCGAAUAUCUUAGCGAAUGGUGUCAUCUUUUCUACGCUCAAGCAUACAGACCCACACACCGUUCGCGGUAGACCCACUCUAAAAGAUGGCUCGUGUAACUAGCGUAUAUUUCGAAACGGGUCAUUCCGCGAACUCAAAAUAGCAAAAGAAUCAAAUGAUUUAGCGAAGGUCCCACUAGAAUCAAACCAAAAAUCAAACGAGUUAUCUGUGAACAGAUAAUGUGGACAGAGUGACCGAAGAACAUUUGUUCAGGGUUCAAAAUAACAGCAAGCUGCCGUUUUAAAAGCUUUCUGGAAACGUAGAAUCACUAGAAUCAAACCAGAAAUCAAUCCAAUAACCCAUCUUGUAAAAGCAGAAGCCUGACGGAUAUUUUGAUUGGAUGUAGCUUUCACGAUUAAGAAAGCUUGCGUGUUGAAAAGAAGAACCAAUUGUGUGCAUGAGGAGGUUGGGAAAACAAGCGGGGUGUGAGAGCUUCUAUUGGAUCGUUGUGAGGGCAUCGCUUGAAUCAUACAGCCUUAUUAUGUUGAAUCUUGAGUUUGCUCCUUAAUGAGACGAGAACUGCCCUGGUCCCCAUAUCGCCAUAAUUUAAGAGAGUUACACUCACAGAGUUGAAAAACGAACACCCUGUCCAGCACUCGCAAACUGAAAAAUAAUGAUUAGAGCCGAAAACGAAAAAAAUGUUAAAUCAACGUCACUUCUGGCUAACGACAAAUGUUCCUUUGUCUUUACUUACCUGGUUACUCUCUAACGUAAGUUGAUCACUCAUUUUAAUAAAAUAAAUAAAAUAAUAAUAACAGAUAAAAUAUUUUGUAUAAGGUCUGAGUUCAACUAAACUUCGAUUCCUGAUUUAGAUUUCGAGAAGAAAAUUGCGCAUAAUUGCGCAAUAAUUGCGCAAAAAUGACAAAUGUUUGGUAUUUAAAUUUGUAAAUUAUUUGCACAUUUAAAAUAAAAAUGCUGAUAAAAAAUGAAAAUAUGUAUGCUCAUUUAAAAUAGCAAAAAAAAAACCUACCAAAGUUGAUUCGAGCUUUUAAAAGAAAUGUUUACCUUUCAGACCUAAAAAUUCCUUUCCUUACAAGCGGAGAUGCAAUGGCCGUAAAUGAAGCUCCCUCCAUUUUGCUCUAAAUUGUAUUUCAUUGAGUACUAGUGAAGUAGGUUUACAUAUGAGUCUCGUUGCAAUCCUUAUGGAAAGUGUUACAUACAAUAAUACUUUUCAAGGUAUAGAGAUUAUUUCAUGGAAAGUGCGCACGAACGAUGUUUAUUCACGAGUUGCGAUGCAUUAAAACUCUGAAAGACUCAAGCUAGAGCCAGUUUAGCUCUAUCACAACUGGGGUGACUGAGUCGAAUUUCGAAUAUGACUAGUAAAGUACUAUUUGGCUUGAAAGUACAAACCUCGGUUAUAUGUAUCAUAGCGAGAUGUAGUCGAGGCACCACCAAACAGAUACAUGACCUAUUGCAAUUUCUAUCUAGUGGAACUUUCUCAUAGUGUAUUGAGGUGACUUGACUUCUGCGGCACUUACUUCGGCGACGCAAACACUCAGCGGUAAAUUGAUUCUUUAGUUCCGGACUGAGGAGACUUAGAAGUUCUAAGUGCAGUGUAAGUCGAACUGACUCACUUUUCACUUUUUCGAAAAGACAAGUGUAUUAAGUAAUAUUUCCAAAGCGGCAUCCGCUUGGAGGAGCUCCGUAAAAGAGAAGCCAAAAUACUUGACCAGAAAUAAAAGUUCAAGUAGGUAAAAAAAUAAUUUAGCGUACAUCUGUCACUUUACCAAACAGCAAUAUGUGCAUAAAUUUCUGAUAGAUCUUGAUACUAUUUGAUAUCUGAGUCAAACUGAUCAAUGUGGUAAUUGUUUCUUUCCAUUAGACAUAGACGAGUGCUCGGAAUUUGCGAAAGGAGGCUGUCAUCAUGACUGUUUGAACACCCCAGGAAGCUUCAGAUGUACCUGCAGAUUGGGAUACCAUCUUUCACCAGAUAGCAAAAGAUGCGUUGGUGAGCGGUGCAUUAUAUUAGGCAGCUUACACUCAAGUCACACUUUUCAAUAGAAGAAGCUCGAAAAUAAAUAAGGUCACGAUCAAAUGAAUAUCGGAUAAAAUUACUCGAAGUGUCACAGGCAGACAGUCAGAGGGUAAGCAAACACCUAAAAAAGAAAGAUGACCGCUGCCCUAGAUUUGGAAACGUUUCGAGAAUAAGCCUGCAGACUGCAGGGUUUUGGGUUGAGCCCAUGUUCGUAUGUGUCUGAGUGGACGGACGGAUGUUCACGAAUAGAAAGAUUAGCUAUAUGAGAACAAUUGUUAAUUUCAAGGAGCCUAGGGCGCCGAUUUGAAAGGUUAUUGAUGAAUGCGCUCUCUUGUGGUAAAGAGUUGUCCGUCUCAUGAACGUUCUCUUCGGAACUUUUGCGCCAAAAGCAGGGCAACAGAAAAGCUACCCACGGUUACGAUGAGCAAGAAGAGAGUAGAAAUGAAAGAGCUAGGAAUAUACUGGAGAGGCAGCAUUUCUACCUCAAAAUUUUCCUGUUAUCUCUAAGAAAUAAACUUUCUUUAUGCUCCUCAAAAUUUUCCUGUUUAUCUCUAAGAAAUAAACUUUCUUUAUGCUGGUAUCUAAUUUAAGAGCAUGUAUGCUUUCAAAUGCAGACGUCCUUCGGACAAAAGUGUUAUUUAGUUUGGUUGCAAUUUUCUAAAGGAGUGGCCAGAAAAUGGCAGAAAAGAUUCCUAAAUGUGUUUGUAGGAAGAACUUUAAUAGUCGAUUGAUAAAUUUAAACUGGUCGGCUUGAUCAUGUUUCCCUUGCGGUACACAUAAGCCCAGUUUUGGACGUUUGCAGAUUUAUUUCUCUUUUUUCAGAGGACAUUGUGAUUUCCUUCUCAAAGAGGCGUUACAACGCAUCAGUAGAAGCAACAGCCCCACCCGGUACAUCCAUUAUUACAGUGCAUGCCAACACUGGAAACUCCAAACGAUCGCUUCGUUACUACAUCAUCUCUGUGAACGGCAAACGCGUCAGAGCCAAAACCCGCACACGGUUUGACAUGGAUCCAGAGAUCGGUAAUGUUGAAAUCCUAUUUGACUUCCUUGCUCAGCCGAUGACAUUUGCAUACCAUGAUAAUCGUACAAACGUUAUGAAGGGUCGAGGGCCUAAGCUCCAAUUCUAUUCAUUUAGUUUUACCUUUUGUUUUGCCAUUGGAACUUUUUGUUUCUAGAUUCCUUUUACUUUAAUCCCACAGGUACUAUUUCCAUUCGCCGUAAACUCAAGAUAAACGCCGUUUAUCGCCUCAGAGUUAAGGCACGUUAUAGAAACGUAUCGUCCAGUUAUGCCAUGGUCAUAGUCAGAGCAACUUCUCCUCUAAAGAAACCCCGCCUUAGCGCUGACGAGGGGUUGAAAUUCCCCAGUCCAAUAUAUUCAGUCAUUAUUCCUUACACCAUGAUCGUUGGACAGACUAUAUUGCACCUAAGAGCUGAGAAAAGCGAGGGCCUAACAAAUUCUUCCAUACGGUACAGAGUUCAGUCUGUCGAUCCGUUCAAUCGUAGCCCUUUCUUCAGUCUUAAUCCCAUCAAAGGUUCCCUCAAGAUCGACAGGGAUCUGACAGACCUCAUAUCUGGUGAGAAACCAGCCAACUUUGUGCUUCAGGUCAUUGCCAGGGCUCAAGAGAAUCCAAACGUAUUUGCGUCUACGCAGGUGUCAAUUGUUAUAGUUCCAGAGUAUGCUGGUAAUAACUAUGUCAAGUCUUCUAUGGAGGCUGUUAAUAACAGGUCUUUUAUCGUGCUGAGCUCUGACCGUUUGCGAUCUCACAAGAACGCCUCCUUUUACAACAAAAAGAAAUCUUCGAGAGGCCGAACAGAAUUCUCUCUACAUCGUCUGUUUCGGCGACCAUCCCGUGAAGCCCAAAGAAUUUCCAACGCAGACUUAAAGUUCAACAAAAUAAUCAGGGAAAUUAAGCGUGAAGUGGCAGAUGACCUGAUUGGUGAGUUUCUUUUUACUUUUAUUAUACAGUCAAAUCCCAGUAAUUCAAACCGCUUUCAAGGGAAAUCAAUAAAGGUUCAGUCGAGUUAUCAGGAGUUGGUAUCAAAAGACCGGAAAUAAGGAAAAAACGCUGAUUAAUUGAUGAAACACUAAAUUACUUUAGAAAUCACAACGUAACGUAAAUGUUUGGACUGCUCUUCAUUGUUUGUUAUCAUGAUUAAGAGAAUAACCUAAAGGGAAACGAAAAUUGGUCCAAACACCUUUUUGAGAGACGAAUCGAGACGAACGUCUAAGGGAGUCUACGAGAUGCAGAAAACUCCCUCAAAGACUGAUGUGUCCUUAGUGUGUAACGGAUAAUACGUGGCUGAACGUGGAUACUAAUUACAUCCUUGAAUGCUCUUCUUGAGUGUGAUAAGACUAUAGGUCUUUCUCUUAGUUCGAAAAAGUGAUUUGCCGGUGGAUAUCAAACCCCUCUUGUAAAGCUCGGUCAUCCUUAACGUCUUUUUUGGAAUAAAUUGAGCAUUCUGAAUUGUUUCUGUAUAAGAUGUUUGUAAGGAAAUGUCAAGCAAUCUCGAAAAUCUUGUUGGUUUUCUAGUUGACGAAACAUCCAAACUCAUAUGCUAUUUUCCGUUCUAAAAUCUGAACAUUACUCUCUUUUGCAAAUGAUUUGAUUUUUCAUUAAACCAAUUUCUAAUUGUUGAACUGAAGAAAUAGCCAACAAUUCUUUGCAAAUUAUGUUACAUUUUUCGUCCGUCCGUUUUGACUUGUCUUUCCCAGUAGAUGAACGUGCACGAUCAGGUGUGGUGUCGGUGAGACUAGGCCCAAGCACCGUUGCCUCAGCCAACAGAUUGUCCGACAUCAUCGAAGAACUAAACUGCUCCAUGCCUACAGCCGAUUGCUCCGACACUGAGUACCAUUCACGCUACCGAACCUUUGAUGGUACCUGCAACAACCUUGAUAACCCUCUUUGGGGCGCAGCAACCACGCCAUAUACUCGGAUGUUAGACCCAAUUUAUUAUGAUGUAAAUGGCUUAUCAGAUCCCGCGGGAUUUCCAGAUCAGCCGUAUGCACCUGAGCUUCCUUCGCCACACCGUGUGAGUAAAGAAUUCAUCAUUCACGUAACCGAGGCUAGUGGAAACAAAAACCGAUAUUCGCACAUGAUGAUGCAAUGGGGACAGUUUUUGGACCAUGAUCUCUCCUUUACAGCAGAAAGCGAAGGUGCAGAAAAAUGCUUCUUACCAAAGUGAGUGUACCACGGGAUCAUUUUUUUAAGUUUAGCCCAUCGAUGCUGGCAGCAUCUCCUGGGCUUUGUCAAUCAUGUAGGGUAUGUUAAACCAUUAUUGUACUUCACCAUAGUAGAAAUCUAGUUUCAUCAUCAGGACAAUUAUGUCUUUAACCUUGGUUGAAACUAAUCCAAGCGCUUUCAAUUUGAAUUUGGGUUUAUCACAAUAGACUACAUUCGACGUAAAGAUGCCUUAAGUUGCCUUGUGAGUGUCUUUUCCACUUUCCACUUCGUUCAAUAAAAGCUGAGACAAAAGGAAGUGACAGACACAAUCAUAUGUACAUCUGAUACAGCGUUGCUAAAAGACAAUUUCCUUUUAGCUGUGAUCGAUCACCAGGGGAUUACGAGCCACCGUGCUUUCCCAUCAUGUACGCAGAUGACUCCGGAUGUACCAUGUUCACAAGAUCAGCGGCUGCUUGCCAAACUGAUAACGAAAACGUAACGCCCCGUGAGCAGCUCAAUACUAUCACUUCAUUUAUCGAUGGAUCGCAGAUAUAUGGUUCCAGCAUUGAGUUAGCAGAGAAUCUUAGGGAUUUUGACAGUAAGUAUGUUUUGCAUAUGGUUAGUUUUCGUAACAAUACAGUUGGAACCCAUUGUGAAUUGUGGGUAGCGGUGCUCAAAUCAAACUCAUCUUAACUGUAUAUUGCACACAUUGUGUAGCAGAGCCGGGAGACGGUCAGCAGAAAAGUAAUGACCCCAUUUUGGCCUCUCUGUUAGAAUAUUUAGUGAGUGCCCCCUCCUCUUCCCCCUCUCUGGUAGGACUCCUGCCCCAAUGAGCCUUCCAUCUGAUAGAGGCGUUGACGGUAUACAAGAAGUUUGGUUUCCAUCAGCCCUUUAACACUCACAAGUGGUUAGCAUGUGUAACUUCUCCAUAUAAUAUCCAUACAUUAGCCAGGAAAAAGGUGAAUAGGAAUAGUCAAACCUAUCAGAUAGAAGUUGUUAUCUUGAUCUAACACCAAAUUCUCGUAGUUAAUUUACAAGGAGCAGCUAAAGGGGAGAUUUAACAAUAAGAUCUUGAACCUUAAAAGGUUUAACGACCUAAUGCGUCUAGAAAACAAAUGUAAGAGCAUUAACCCUGGCGUCUCUUGGUUUUAUGACGCACCGCUGUGUUGCUUUCAGUUAAAGUGUAGGCAAAAUUAUCUGUUAAUUGAUUUGUUGUUACACUCUCGCUAUACUGUCUCCGUAAGUGUCGAAGCCAAGUGGUUUUAAUACUAUAAAACUUAAAAUGUGCACUUCAUCACUGUCGUUGAUGGUGAGGCAAUUUAGCCGAGAUUUUUAUGCAACAACAGUUAACUUGGAUAAUGUAUCGAAUGAAGAUGUGUUUCGAAUAAGGAAGCAAGUCACUUAAACUUUUCUUCGAGCAAGAACAAAAGAUAAUAUCCCCGCCAGUAGUGACAGGUAUGUAAGUCUUUGGCUCUAGCAAGGUCAGGGGUAUGAAGAAAAGUAAUUGAGCAAUCUUUGGACAAUAGUUGUAACCAAUCUGAGGUUUUAGUGCACCGAACGAAAGCAAUUGUCAGAUUGAUCAGUUCGAAGAACGUCAAGGAAGUGAAAAUUGACCCAACCUAGUUGCUUCACAUCUUUGAAGUACUCCUAGGUAAAAUGCCAAUAAAGACAAACGUGAAUGAUACGAUAACCAUACCCAUAUCAUCAAUAUCUACUCUCUGUCUGCCCAUUGACAAGCAGCAACCCAAACUGAAAGUCAGGCGUACAAUGGAAAUAACCCAGGAAAAACACUUUAAAACACAUUCUUUGUCGUUGUUAAAAUUCAUGAAUGAGUUCACGAUUGAGUGUUCUUUUACUAAGAAAUCGACUGCUUAGCAAGCUUACGAUACAGCAUGACAGCAAUUAUACAAUUCAGUUUAUUGCAGAUAUAUAGGGAACAAUGGUUGAACACCAUUUAUUGAAAGAUGUGGAUCGUGUCAUGGAGAUUUUCUGCAGUCGCAAAAACGGGGAAGAUUAUCUAUGUCAUCCUGUGAUCCUGUACUUUAAAAAGCAUUUUCAUUUCAAAUGUGAUUUUUAUUUACUGUAAAUGAAAUAUGUAGGCGUAUGCUGGUAUGUCGCGCUCGUGGUCCAUUCCAUUAAAAUCCCAGGGACAGGAAAUACUAUGUUGGCAAUAGGUGUGCCCAGACGGAAAACCGAGAAAACCGACAAGGUAAAAAAAAAAGAGUGCAUCAAUGUAGAAAAGGGGUUUGAUCGCCAAGUUAUGUAUGAUGCACUAAACAAUUCAAAUAAGAUAUUUAUUUAGAAGUUGUAGCAUUGAAAAGUUCUAAGCAAACGGAUUUAAAUAUCGUGUCAUGUGCUAUUUUGCAGCUAAAAAAGGCCAUUUGAAAAUAACGCGACCGAGGUACCUGCUACCAUUUGUAAAAUCGCCUUUCAACCCUCCCUUGAAUCUUUGUCAGUUGUUCGGUGGCUGUUAUGACGCAGGUGACUUUAGAGUCAAUGAGCAGAUCGCCCUCGUCGCAAUGCACACCUUAUGGGUUAGAGAGCACAACAGGAUAGCCGACAUUCUCUUUGAAAUCAACAAACACUGGAACGCAGAGAGAAUUUUCCAUGAGGCAAGAAAAAUUAUUGGAGCCAUUCUUCAACAUAUCACAUAUAGCCAUUAUUUACCCAAAAUACUCGGAGCUGACUUUUUGCCUCCAUAUCAUGGAUACACUAACGUACAUCCUGGAAUCCUAAACGUGUUUGCCACUUCAGCAUUUCGAUUCGGUCAUAGUAUGGUGAGACCCAAAUUUGCCAUGCUCGAUGCAAACUAUGAUCCGGUUGCUCCCGAUGUGCCACUCAUAAAAGCGUUUUUUAACAACAAAUUGAUUCAAAGAGAGGGUAUCGAGCCAGUGCUUUUAGGACUUCUUGCCAAUGAAUCGCAAAGCACAAGCCGUGAAAUAGCCGCGGGACUGACGAAACACCUUUUCCAACAACCGGAAUCAGAACAUGGGUUUGACCUAGCAGCGCUGAAUAUCCAAAGAGGCCGCGACCACGGUCUUCCAGGUUACGGGGCAUGGAGACGCGAGUGCAAUCUCUCACACGCAGAUAUCUUUCAGGAGACUACUUACGAGAUUAAGAACGCUACGUCACGACAGAUAUUACAUGAUUUAUAUGAAGAUGUAGAGUACGCUGACCUGUGGGUGGCAGGGUUGGCAGAGGAUCCGCUACCUGGGGCCAUGGUUGGUCCUACUUUGCACUGUAUUCUGAAAGAGCAAUUUCGACGUUUGCGUGAUGGGGAUCGGUUUUGGUAUGAAAACGAUGUUUUCACAGUUGAGCAGCUUGAUGAGAUAGGAAAGACUUCACUGUCAAGAGUACUGUGUGAUAACAUUUAUGGUAUUGUUUCCGUUCAAAAAGAUUCGUUCAUUGCCGCCAAGGACGAAUUAAAACGAGUUGAGUGUACUCAGAUCCCUAGUAUGGACCUAACGAAAUGGAGAGAAAAUCAGCCCUCAGUUCCUGAACCACGUAAGUUGCUUGCUUUUAAUAACAGUGGCUCACUAAUAUUUGUUACUGCACCUUUGCUGUGAUGAAUAAUUUUCCCCCUCCCCCAUUAUAAUUUAUGUUCAGUAAGUGUCAAGUCAUUGCUAAACAUCCUAUGAUAAUCAACUUAUAAUGAUUAACCUAUGAAUUAGUAAAUUGCUAUUAAAGCUUACUAAGAAAACCCUUUAAGUUAUGACCCCUAUGUUUUAUUUUGGAUUGAAUUCAGAGUUCACUUAGCAAGUACGUUGUGUGUCUCAAGAUUUAUUGAAAAAAAUGAGAAAUAAUAUUAUUCCUUGAUUUUCAGUUGGAACAUGGUCUGAAUGGGUAUACACUGUAAGGAAACCUACUGGAAGCUGGGCUGUUUCCAUAGCUGACGACAUUUGUCCGAGUUCCAUGAUGGAUAUUGAAUGUCAGCUUGCAGAUGGCUCGCCAACCCAAUCAUCAGGUCAAGUGAUUCAUUGUAAAGAGCGCGUUGGGGUAUAUUGCCGAAACAGAGAGCAAGCAGGAGACAAGAAUGUUUGCAUGGAUUAUCGCUUUCGCUUCUUGUGUUCCAGCAUAGAGAAACCUGGUGAGUUCAUUAUGAGCAUAUAGUGUAACCCUGUACAAUCACGAAGCCACAAGGACCUUACAUAUUUGAAUUUGUUCUAUUACAAUGAUCCUAUGAUGGCCGUGUGCUUAAGUAUUAAAGCAUAGCUUCUAUUGUGUACAUCAUUACAGAACAAAAUGUAACAGCUUCGAUACAGAACAGUUAUGAAAAAUUCACUUCAGAAAAGUACUCCAAACGUCGUUAAUGUUAAGUACGUCUCUGAAUCGAUAGUCGUCCUUUUUUUGAUUAUUUUUCAGUUUCCCAGGGAUUGAGAUCUUUAACGACGACGCUUACUCUUUCAAAACCCGACACUCAGUGCAACACAGGUAAGUUAGAAAUGGGGAUGGGGGAGGGACGCCAAUUAAAUAAAUAAGCAUACCGUGCUGGAAUAAGACACCCUAAAAUGCCAUGCAUUAAAUUAUAUCUAAAAUUAGAUUAUCUAAAACAUACCCCUGAAUUUUGCGGGGAUUUUUUUUAGGAAAUCACUUAUUUCACCUAUUCGGUGCCUUUGCUACGAAUAACGCUGGGUAUCCUAAGGGUUCAAUAAGAUAUUCUUGGCAUUUGACUGACAUAGCAGCCAUAGAAUUAAACUCAGGCUAAUGAUUUUACAAUACUUCAGAAUUUCUUUCCAUCACUGACAGCAAAGCUAGCUGAGUCGAAAUACUGAUACAAAUUUGAUGUGUCUUUAGGGCGAUAUCCAAGCGAUUUUCCUUUAUCAUUUGAUACCGUUCAACACAUCACUAUUGCACACGCUUACACCAAUGAGCCAAAUAGUGAGUACAUGCUCGCAGGUAAGGAUAAAGGGCAGCCGAAGAAACGCUUUUUAAUCUCUUUCGACGUAAAGAAGAUCACAAGGCGAGCAAUCGUACAUUCUGCUAAGUUGUACCUUUACCUCCUGAAAUUUGGGGCUGGUUCUGAAGGUGAUGAGACAGCCAGGUCUCCCUCGAAUUCUCUUGAACUCUAUCAGAUCAUAAGCACCGACUGGCAUGCGGAGAACACAACCAGUGUAAUACCGUGGCAUCAGGACUAUCUGGGAAUUGGAAAAGACGUGACAAAGAAAAGGUAUAGUCUGUCUGCUUUGUUUGUUUACGUGAUCAUCUCUUUUUCGCAUUAAAUAAGAGUCUUGAAGCCACUCAUUUUUAAAUGGCUGAAAAUUGCAUGAAUUGCUUCGCACUACCAAGGAAAAGGCAAAUUUCUUCAAAGUUUCCUGAUAACAAACGGUCAUACGAACCUGACAUAAGAGAUCAAGUAUUAACUUUACAGCAAAUGGCCAAUGGUAGAAAUCGUACUUGUAGAUUCUCCUUCCAGCAAUUUGCGCGUAUAAACGAGAAUAGUUGCAUAAGCCACUGCGAACAAAUAUGUAUCAACGGGGUUGAUCUCAAGGUUUUAAGAAAAGUAAGUGAAGAGUGAUAAUUAUGGCCGGGCACGAUCUUUGUCGCUCUGGUUUCACUCUCUGUCUAUUUAUCUGAACCCACAUACUUGAUGAAAUAAUGUCUGAGCAACUGAUCUUCUUCUCUAGACUGGUAUCGAUGUGGAAAUUCAUGGAAUAUAAACAUGAAUCCACCUUUUUUCUCUCGGUUUCGGUCUGACAGAGUUUUCCCUACAAAAAUUGUGAUGGAUUCCAAGUUCAAUGACCUGUUGUAAUAUUUUGAUAUUUGUGACAUAUUGAUGGAGUGGACUUUAAUUACAAUAAGGUAUUGUUGCCUUCUAAGAACCUUGUUUAUCUCGACUAAAGAUCAAACUUAGUAAACGCCCAUGUCUAUACUAUUGCAAUUCAAUCGCUACAUUCCAUUGCCCACUUGAAGGAGAUUUGAUAUUCAAAUUAAAUCUUGGCCCUGUAAACAAUGAAAACGAUAAAACCAUUCACUCGCAUUGGUCCACAACUCAUCGCGCCUUAUAAGUAGUUGAAAAGAGAGGUCCAUCAAACCUUAUCACAAGGAUCUCAACAGACCUUCGGGUUUAGACACAACAUUCAGGAUUCCUGCGAUGUUUCCAUUUAGAUCUCGUUUUAGACGUAAAUACUUUUCCUUACGAAAUGGAAAUAAUUUGCUACCUGUAACCUAUUCCAUUGCAAGGCAAAGAUGAUUCGUGUUUCUAUGUUCUCAAUGGACAAUCUCUGAAUAACAAGGCCGAGGAGUUUGCGAAUCUCUUCUUGAUCAUCUGCAGACUAGCCGCACGGAAGGUGGUAUCGCGAACUUCUAGAAAGCACUGGACUGCAGCAUCAUGUUACUAUUCCAACAGACUUGAGUGGACACAUUCUUGGCCAUAUCAUAACGAGGCAGUCUGAUCGUCUUGAUAUUUCUACAGCAUGGACUGACUAUCUCUUCUCGGAUCAUUUUCCCGUCCACUGCCAGCUUGACAUAAAUACGCCUUCACGUAGGGAAACACAAAGAUACUUCAGAAAAUUGCAAUCAGUCAGUGUUACACUCUGCCAGACGACCUUUCCUUCUCCCUUUUACUCAAAAAAUUGUCGUACAUUUGAUUCAUUUUCAAUUUUUAGUGAGGAAAAUGUUUCACAACCAUUCGCUAAAUCAAGUAAGUAAUCUUUCUCCUAAGACCCCAAGCCAACUCCCCUCGUGAUUGAGUGCCUAGAUGUCUUCCUACUUGUACUUACUAGGAUAAUAAACGCCCUCACAAGCUGGACGCUUUCCUGAUAUCUUGAAACAAGCUGUUGUCCAUCCCAGAUUAAAGAAACCAUAAGCAGAAAUGUCUUUCAACAGCCUUCUUCCCAUCAGUAACCUUUCUUUGUUUCUAAACUAAUAGACCAAGCUGUAUUUAGUCAAACUAAUAAUUAUUUGACUGUGUAUGAAGCCCAAUCCUCAUACCGUAAAUCAAACUGAACGGAAACUGUGCUGUUGUGGUAUUAAUUUUGAUUUAACAUGACUCAGUAAGACGUUACUCUCUUAGUUAUACUCGGCUCAAGCGCAGCUUUACAUACUGUCAUCCAUUCCAUCCUCUUGAUCGUCUACAUACGGACUUCGGCAUCUCAGUUAGCGCACUCCUGGUUCAAGUUUCAUCUACACAAUAGAACGCAGUCCAUAUUCAUCAAUGCGGGUCAAUGUCAAGUACGGAGUACCACAGGAACUAUGUUUUGGCCCUCUUCUGUUUGUACUUUACGUUACGUUCACGAUCAUCGAGCUGCAUCCUCCUGAUAUUCAUGCCUGUGUAUGCUGACGACAUGUAGUUAUACAUCUUCUUUAAAGCUGAGUCCAUUUUUUUUGUAAGGCUUUAUUGUGUGUGCAAAGUGCAACUUGCAACUGGAGGGCUGAAUUGCGUGUACACAAAAUAAUAAUUUUAAAUAAAUCCAGGGAUUAGCAAUCAGCUGCUUUUGUAGCCAUGCAAAGCUGCGUUGCAGAUAUCAGAAAUUGGUUGUUAUUAGACAAGCUUAAAUCAAACAACGACAAAAUAGAAAUCAUUAUCCUGGGUGCGUGACAGCAACUUGUAAAAGUCAUUAUAAAACCAUAACCCAUUGUUAUUAGACAAGCUUAAAUCAAACAACGACAAAAUAGAAAUCAUUAUCCUGGGUGCGUGACAGCAACUUUUAAAAGUCAUUAUAAACCCAUAACAAAUUGUAACAGUAUAAACACUUCGACCAGUAAUGUAAAGAGCCUUCGAUGCUGGUUUGAUUCACAGUUAAAGAUGGAUACUCACAUUCAUAAUAUAUGUGAAGCUCCCCGGCUCUUUUCGCCCAUACAACAUGAGAAGAAUUAUAAAAAUUCCGCUCAAGCCUUAUUGAGCCCGACCCUAGUCAACGCUUUUGUAACAAGCUUUUAAGAGUAGUGUAACAUCCUCUUGUAUGGUCUGCCUAAUAACCCACUACAAACGUCAACGUGCACAGAACGUAAUGGUAAGAUGUAUCUGCCAUGUUAGACUGAUCACUUUACCCCCUUCUUUUCUGGUCUUCAUUGGUUAUUGGUUCGCAACAAAAUCCAAAUUGAAACAUUUCUUUUAACAUAUAAAGCUUCGAAAAUACUCGCUCCUGCAUUUAUUACUGAACUGUGCUCCUGGAUAGCAUCUGAGAUCUUCGAAUAACAAACUUCUUUUACUAUUUCCAAAUAUUAGAAUUCUACCUACUUUCUGUGGCCACUCGUUGACCAUUGCACCCAAACUUUGUAACUUUGUAACCCGCGAACAUCAAAUGCCUCCAGAAAAUUUGUCUAUCGAAAGAGACAUGUGGCUUCCCUAACUUAUUAACUUUAAGAUUUUGAAACUUUUAUAUUCACAAUUAUUCGCCAAAGUGUAGGUGAUUAUAGUGGAUAUUUAACGAGCUGAAAAGCAGCGAGGUUAAUAUCUACCACUUUUACCGACACCGAGGUGAGUAAUUGUUUUAGAAUAUACCACACAGGUACCAAAAAUUAGUUCAUUUCUCUCAAUAUACCGAAAAAUGGUCGGAAAUUAAAGUCUCAAUGCGCGGUUUUGUCUUUUCGGCUGCUUAGGGGUGAAUAGUACUUGCUAUUCACUUCCGAACUAGACAAUUAGUCUAGCAUGCUUAUUAUAACUAUAAUAAUAUAUGUAUUUAUCAUAUUCUAGAUUUUAUCAUACAUUGUGAACCUUGAUUGUAUCUAACCAUCGUACGUUGUACUUUUCAACGGAAGUUUGUAACACGCGUGUGAGCAUAAUCAUAUGUAACAUGCCCAUUAUAAGUUGAUUAAGAUUAAAUUGAUAGAAACAAUUUUGGCCGAAUGCCGUUGCCGUAAACUUUAUGCUUUUACUCACAGAGGAAAGGCCUCGGCGCUGGAUUUGUUAUAUUGAAACUCUCAGUAAAUAAAAAGCAAAGGCCAUGCGUUAUACUUCUCAAUGUUGGUAUGAAGCAUAGUUUUCUUUUAAGCCCGUGACCGUAUCAUUGAUUUAAGAAUGUCCUCUUUCAUAUGGAAUAAGUAUUCUUGUCGAUUGGCGGUGCCCUUUAAGUGUCUCAUUGCUUUACGAGAAAGGCCAACCCUUUAGAAAAUCAUUACCGUGGCUAAAUCCAUGACUUUUCACGGCAUCAUUAUGGGCAGUACUUUCUCUCAGCCACAUUUCAUCUGCGUGCAAUUUAAUGUAUCUAUACAUAACUUCAUAACUGAGUUAACUGAGACAGGAGGGGUAGGAUAGGCGAAGUGACAUCAGCAACAUAUUUUGUUAUUAUUACAAAUUUUGAUCAUAAAGAUCGAAAAAUAACGAUAAAUGAGAGGUUUAUUAAUCCCAACUUGGCUAACGUCUGAUUUUUCCCUCACAGGCUGGCACAAAGCAAAAGCCUGCAACCUGGAGAAGAGCAGCGAUGGAUUGAACUCGAUAUUCAACAUGCUGUGAGAAAUUGGCAGAUCAGAAAUCAGCCAAAUUAUGGACUUUUGCUGAAGGUCAGAAAAGAAUCGAAUGCAGAUGCAUUGAUGAAGUUUGCUUCCAGAGAUCAUCCACUAUUAGAUUUACACCCAAAGCUGGUUGUCUGCCUCACCAUCCCUCCCUGGUAGAUGAGUAAUAGACUUCUUGAUGGUUCCGAUGGACAUGACUAGUAAUGACUUAAUCACUUAAGCUUAGGGAAAUAACCUGACCAAGGAACUUUACGAUGCAUACAAUUUUACGAUAUAACGUGGAUCGCAAAGCUAGUAGUGCGAUAUUUAAAGUGGAAUUCAAUAGUUAGGUUGUUAAUUUUCCUUGCAUUGCUUAAAUGUUGUAAUAAAAUAAAGAAAAAGCUUUUUCCAACAAAUUUUAUUCCUUCGGCGCCUUAAAAACCAUUCAAAUUGACUGUAGGAACAUUUAAACGUGUAAUGUAUGUGAAAGAAGCUAAAAGUUUAAUCAGAUCUUUUUCAGUGAAACAGCUCGCGAGGGCAAGCUCCAUCAAUCAAGUAGUGUUUAGUCACUACAUAUUUUCUAUAUUUUAUUAAGAAAUGUCUGUGUUCUAUUAACGCGUGCUUUUGAGUGGCUGCUGCCAAGACUUUCAAAAAUCUUCGACCAGCUUGCUUUACGUAUUUCAUUGUUUUUUUUCCUUUAGAGCGGGUUACGCAGUUUUAUCAGUGACAAAAGUCACCGUGCAAGCUGUAAAUGGUAGCAUUUUUUGUUUGUUUUCGGAGAACUUUCCUAGUUUAAGUCCUUGCUGAAGGAUGCUGCUUAGUUUAUUUUUCAAAUAAAAAUUUACGUGAUGCUUCUUUCACCGAAAAUUGUAAAUGCAGGUGUCUCGUGUUUCUCACCGUCAUUUCCUGUUAAGUCUGGACUUUGUUUGGCGCGCUACCAGCGUUGUAUGAUAAGUCAGCCCUAAUUCCAUUAUAAAUGACUCGCCCCAGUGGCCAAUCAUAUUGCAAGAGUUCUCUAUGUUACUAAACCUCAUUUUAAAUUGUGGAAGUAUGGAACGUGAAUCUUAAAGAAACCUUUCGCGAAUAAGGGCAUUUUCCUUUGUCUAAUAGCCCGAAGAGAGCUCGAAUUAAAAGAAUUUACAAAAUACCUUAAUUUAUCUCGCGAAAUCUUUGUCAGUGUUCUAGUAUAAGUUCAACUGUCGCUCUCACGAAAUCAAUAUGAGUUGCAUAAUAACUUCGACAAUUGGGUAGCAAUGGAUGUCGCCUUUGACCCGACCUGUCCAUCUAUUGGCUUAUCUAUUCGAUAAGCAACAGUAAAGUUGAGAUGGAGCCUUAAUGACUUUGUAGAAGCAAUUUCAAGAAUAAUGAAUUAUCACUUGUCCCUUAAUAUUAACAUGCUUUCUUCUUGUACUUAGACUAUCACUACCACGCGUAUCAUUCCAUAAAGCUGCGCUAUACAAUAGUUUUGGACGGGAUCUGUUCAUUUUUUUGCAAUGAGAUUAACGAGUGUGUCCCAAGGUUGAGAACAAUUUCAUAGUCCGUAGGAUUUCAUUACAAAAUACAGUAACUCGACUUCGUUAGUGCAGAACAAACUUGUGAAAUAGUCAUUAAGAGACUGCAAACCUCAUUUAUCGAAACAGC